AAAAACGUCAAAUCUAAAUUUCAGUAAUGGCAUACUCAAUAUUUCAAGAAAAUAAAAUUAUCAAAGUCGCCCCUGGGAAACUCUCGCGGUAUAUCAAAGACACAAAUCUUGUUUCUAAUACCGGGCGUACUUCAGUGACCUACUACCAAAAUGAGCUUGCUAUUCCAGCAAGGUUCAAAAUGUACCUCCACCAAAUUAAAAUCUCUAGGUGUUGUCAUGCAUACAUUAGGAGGUUCUUCCAAGGAGACAUUUUUAUUACGAUAAAGUGGUCCAUGUUCGAAUUUGAAGAGUUCAUAACUUCACCUGAAAAACUGGAUCAUAACAAAACGAAGUUUGAUUUUACCAUCAAAUACGCACUGGAAUUGGAUGAAGACUUUGUGUACAGAAUCAGCGAAACUCCUAUCACAUUUAAAUUACACGCAGUGUGUGACGGUACUGAAAUUUUUCUAAGUCAGACUCAAUUUUUCGUUGAUAAUAUUCUCGAAGUUGUGAAUCAUAAACAAAGCCAAAGAUUGUUUUUCACCAGUAUUGAUGUAGAUCCAAAUGGUGAAAAUAUCGCCUAUUUGGACGUUUGGUACAAAUUUACUUGCAAACAAAAGACGUUGAGGAGUCUUUUCCCGACUACGAAAGUCAAUACCAAGAAGAAAAGCAUGACGAAAAUAGCUGAUCUUCUCAGUGAUAAAUUUUCAAAAAAGAGCCAAAAUUUUGGCACAGUGCAUGUGACAGACUCGGAAUUUGACCAUUUUGCUGAUAGCGUUUUACUUGUUUUGAACCGAAAUAAAGUGUUAAAGACCACACAAUCUGAUAUCAACACUGAGCUUCAAGAGCGAGUCCGUUGGUUGCGUUUUGAAGCCAAUUGGAAGCAAACUUUGCAAGAAAACGCUAUUCUUCAUGGAAAAAAUCCAGAGGAUGUUAUUUGGCGACAAUGGCGAGAGGAAGACACCGCUAAUGUUAGACUCCGAACUUACGACGACUACACCCAGAAGACUUACGAACCAGAAUUGACCAUAACCAUCGUAGAUCUCUACUUUCUAGAAGGCUGUUCUGUGUUGAAGAACGACCAAAUUCGGCAAUUCUUCGUCGAGUACUCUUUUCUAGGGCAAGAAGGCCCCGAAAUGGAAACUCCUUUCAGUGUGGCUAAAAAGCAAGCUGAAGAACGCAUUGUUUUCAAUUUCAGCAAAACGUUUCCUAUUAACAAAGACUAUAAUCCCAAAAAUUGCAAAUUGUUGACUGAUCUGAUAAAAAAAGAUGACAUUAUCAAGUUUACGGUUGUCAGUGAACCUCUUGAAACAGCUGAUAAGCCGAUACAAACCUGCACUGAAAUUGGCUAUGCUGAGGUUCCUUUCAGUGAAUUGAUUCAAGUCGAAGAAAAUACGGAUUCGUACGAAUAUGAAAUUAUUGACAGAAUUUUAGCGAUGAGGAAGAUGGCUUUGGAUUUUAUGGCGCCGAAAGAUUAUAAGCUUUAUGUGUAAUAUUUAAUGAGGUCAUAACAUAUUGAAGAGCAGUGAAAGUAAUAAACGUAAUGGUUACAUAAUUUAUUCAAAAAGAGUUAUUUGUGUAAUAAAGGAAGAAAGUAAUCUUUUUUCUUACUGAAAAAGCUGAGACCGAAGAAAAUAAAGUUCUCACAGAAAAAAAAAACAGUUUCCUCUCAACACGCAAUAAAGUGAAGCUUUAUUAUUAUUAUAUUAUAGUUUUGUUUUUACUUAUUAUUUUUACAAAUCCUUUAUUAGUAUUUUAUUUC